UUAACGACCAUUUGACAGGAUUUUAGAACAGCUUCGACCAGGCUACGACUUAAAUCGACACGUAAAAGUUAAGUUUACUUAAACCAGAAACACAACAGCGGUGUGGGCUUCAGUGCAGACACAGACACUGCACACACUGAAAUGGGUGAGUGCGCGUUUCAGAUAUUUAUCCAACCAGCCGACGAAUGCAUCUACAAAAGCCUACGGUUGUGACACUGCUACGUACAAGAGGCGCGAUUCCUGUGCGUUAAAAUACCGAAACGCGGGUAUGGAGGGAAACGAGACCAAAGAGUGCGUGCUCAAAGCUGAGCAGACAGAAACGGGCUCAUUAAUAAUAAAAACGGAACGUGGGGAAGCGACACCUACACGAGGACACAUGGAUGACCUAUCAGAAGGUGAAGUGACCAAUGGUUUCAGACCUCAUGCUAGCAAAGAAGGUCCUCUUAGCCCUGUGCACUCCCCAGGCACCAGCUACUGGUGCGUGUCUGAGAGCCCAGACUCUCCCUUCCUUCUGUCUCCUGUCCCAGGGCCGUCUACGCAGGAACCCCCUCCAGUAAAACCCACACCUGGACGAGACCACCGGCGCUAUUACCAUGAUUACUGGCGCAGCGAGUACCUCAUGGACUUUGACCUACAGAGACAGGGGAUGUUAUGCAUGGUGUGUGGCAGUUCACUGGCAACCUUGAAGUUGAGCACCAUCAAGAGGCAUAUCAGACAGAAGCACCCAUACUCCCUGCUUUGGAGCGAGUCAGAUAAGGAGGUGAUCAGGUUGGGCUGGGACAGUCACUUGAGUCUGGUGAAUGGACAGAGGCCAAUAUGCACUGAUCCAGCCAUCGCUUCAGAGUCAGAGAAAAUGCUGGACUCUGAUCAGCCCCCUGCAGGCAAACCUGGGGAUGCUGUCAGUCCAGCACCUGAACUCCCAGUCAGCACCCAGUAUGGGUCUAACAGGGUCACACCUUCCCCUCCUGCACCCUCAGUCCAGGAGCUACCAGCCCCUAAUGCUCAAGUGAUGGAGCGCUACCUGAAUGACUCAUUGCACGCCUGGUUCCGUCAGGAGUUCCUGAUGGAAUACCAGGUAGAAGCGGGCCGUCUAGUAUGCAUGGUAUGCAGCUGUCCGUUGCCUUCGCUGCACCUGGAUCACAUCAAGAGCCACGUUCUGGAUCUGCACCCGAACUCUCUGCUGUGCAGUGCUGAGGAAAAGCACUCCAUCCUGCAGACCUGGGCCAAGGCUAACGAACCUGAUGCGUUACAAAUUGUCAAAUCGGAGCAAGAUACCAAAGAGGUAAAGAUAGCUGGUUCAGCCCCGUUUUUCCAUCUGGACACAAAUCCCAUCGAGGGAAACUUGGAGAGUUACACAUUAGGAGCUGACAAUCCACCAAACACUGGCCAGAGGCCCCAGUCUGAACCAUUCCCCAGAAAGAGGAGACUGAAAUACGGCACCCCCUGGCGUCUCCGCCUUGAUUAUUUAGUGGCGUAUGGCCCUCCGGAUAAUCCACUCUGCUACUGUAUGGUGUGUUCUGAGCAUCUGCCUGUGCCAAGAGUCAGCAACUUCCGUAAGCACAUCCAGGCGUGCCAUCCUCAAACAAGUGAACUCAGCCGAAUUGAGAGAGAUGCUGUGAUCAGUGCCUGGACGAAAGAGGAAAAUACUGACUCUGCUCCACCGAUGGAGGAUGACCUACAGAGUGUCACUGUCACCGAGAAAGUCAUUGCUGAUGCGCAGGUGGCACCUGUGAAAAUCACAGAGCAAGGAAGCAAUGAAACAGAAGACAAAAACAACACAAACAUCACACCAUCAGCACCUACGGUUGGGCGGAACAGACACUACCCGGGUAAGGACCAGCGGCGUAAUUACCAGGCACGCUGGCGGAUGGACUUCCUGAUGGACUACAACUGCAGGAAGCAUGGAUUGAUCUGCAUGGUGUGUGGCGCUUCACUCGCUACCCUUAAGGUCAGCACAAUCAAAAGACACAUCCUACAGGUGCACCCUCACUCCCUGGACUACGGCCCAGAUGAGAAGCAGCUGGUCCUCCUUAGCUACAACCAGAUCUCCCUGCACUUUCAUUCUGAUGACUGUUUUUCAGGCUCAAACCUCAUCCAUAAAGAGAAUGCUAAUGAGUAUGAUAAUGCAAAUUUAAGUACUGGACACACUUCGAGCCAGAGCACAAAUGAAAGAGAAGAGGUCGGGAUGAGUUUUUGACAUCCCGUUUUUUUGUUUCCUUCACUCAGGAAAUGACAUAGUUUGACAAUAAUUGCACUUUCUGUCUCUUACAAAGUAAGUUCAAACAUGUUCAGUAAGUUUAAAAGGUUUAUUUAUGUUUAACAUGAGGCAGAAUCUGAAAUGUUCCUAAUAGCUAAUUUAGCUGAACUUAUGUUAUUUCUGUGGACAAACGCUCUUAUAUGCAUCUCUUUUUGUACAACAUGGACUGACAAUACUGUUAUUGAUGCUGCACACGUGAUAUUUUGCAUGAAGUCACACUUUACAGUGGACAACAUUAUUUUCUUAAUGUACCGAAAAUUGUACUGGGUACAGGUGUUUUGGCACUGUUAUCAAGCAGGCAUACAUUUUGCAAGGGCAGAAAAUGUCCAAUGAUUUCACUUACCAUGUCUUGUAUCUCAUUUUACCAAUCUGAAAGAAAAAUGAGCAAAAAUAUUGAGAAAUAUAAUUUCUAAUAGUAAAGUUAAAUAAUAUAUAACCCAAAAUGGUUCAGUUCACCGAAAGGUAAUAUUGAAAUAAAAAUCUUUAUUUACUGU